UCAUUACGUUUAGGGUAAUCAAACAGUCCUACUGUUUUAUUUUUUUAUUUUUUCUUCUUUUCCUUUUUUUACCGCUGAGUGAAGAGUUCGAUUGAUCAAAUAAACCAAAACUCCGAAUUCUUUACUCCGGCUCUGCAAAACAGGAUCCAAUUCAUAUGAAGAAAUUUUUAUCUCUGCCAGAUGUAUUUUUGGUGCUUGCAUUGAUUUGUUGCAGCUCAUGGACAGUUUGGAGCAGCUCAAGCUGCAAACAGAUAAACAUUAAGGAAGUUCGACCACAUAGUGUUAGUAUUACCGAAUUUGGAGCAGUAGGAGAUGGGAUUACUCUCAAUACAAAGGCUUUUCAGAAUGCUAUAUUCUACCUAAAUUCAUAUGCCGAUAAAGGUGGAGCCAAACUUUUUGUCCCUGCUGGCCGGUGGUUAACUGGUAGUUUUGAUCUCAUUAGCCAUCUCACUUUGUGGUUGGACAAAGAUGCAGUAAUUCUUGGAUCAACGAAUUCUGAAGAUUGGCCGGUUGUGGAUCCUCUACCAUCAUAUGGUAGGGGAAGGGAGUUGCCGGGUGGACGGCAUAGAAGCCUCAUUUAUGGAUGUAAUUUAACUGAUGUUAUCAUAACAGGUAACAAUGGAACUAUUGAUGGUCAAGGGAGUAUCUGGUGGAGCAAAUUUCGUAACAAAACACUCGACCAUACACGCCCCCAUUUAGUCGAAUUGAUAAAUUCAACAGAGGUUCUCAUUUCAAAUGCAACCUUCUUAAAUUCACCAUUUUGGACUAUUCAUCCUGUAUAUUGCAGCAAUGUCACGGUUCAGAAUGUCACAAUCAUUGUUCCUUUUGGUUCACCAAAUACAGAUGGGAUUGAUCCAGAUUCUUCUGAUAAUGUAUGCAUUGAAGACUGUUAUAUAAGCACCGGCGAUGAUCUAAUUUCCAUCAAAAGUGGAUGGGAUGAAUAUGGAAUUUCGUUUGGUCGACCAAGUACAAAUAUUAGCAUCCACAGACUUACCGGGAGGACAACGAGUGCCGGAAUCGCUAUCGGAAGUGAGAUGUCUGGAGGUGUUUCAGAAGUUUAUGCAGAAGAUAUUUACAUUUUUGAUUCAAAAAGUGCAAUCAGAAUAAAGACUUCUCCUGGUAGGGGUGGUUAUGUUAGAAAUGUCUAUAUCUCUAACAUGACUUUGAUUAAUGUAGAUAUUGCUAUUAGGUUCACUGGUUUAUAUGGAGAGCAUCCAGAUGACUCAUAUGACCGAGAUGCUCUACCUGUGAUAGAAAGGAUUACUGUCGUGAAUGUGAUAGGGGAAAACAUCAAACGCGCGGGCCUAAUACAAGGUAUUAAAGGUGACAACUUUGUUGAUAUCUGUUUAUCAAACAUCACUCUUAAUGUGAGCAAAAACAAUCCAUGGAACUGCUCGGACGUUAAAGGAUACUCUGAAUUGGUUUCUCCGGAAUCUUGUGAGCAACUCAAUGAGAGAAUAUUUCCUGAUCAUGUUUCAAACUGUUACAAGUUACCAUAUAUCAUAAAGAGUUCAGAUGUCAUAAAGAGUUCAAGUAAUCGAAACAAGGUUGCUUGGCUGCAGUCUUGGUAGGCCAUAGAGUUUAAACAUUAUGUUACCAAUAGGUUUGCAUGGUGUUUUUUUAGUAGUAUACAUUUUACCUUACCUAAGAAGUUGAAUGGUGUUGCUAAUCUGUUGUUGUCAAAGUGAUAUCAAUGGAUGAUUGUUUACUGUAAGGUGUUAGUUUAGUGGUAUGUGCAGGACUAAUAACCAUGAAAAAUGAACUAUAUUGACUAUGUUAUUCAUUGAUGAAUAAGGAAUUUAACCAUCCAAAUUUUUUA